GUGUCCUGUCGAAAAACGAGAAAAUGUCAGGCAUGUCAGCCAUUUUGUAUUGCUUUGUGGAAGGUUGUGCGUCGCCUAUAUUUUAGUGAAGUUUUAACUGUGAAAACUGUUUAUUUGCGUGCCGUGUCGUUAGUGACUUGAGUCGCGAGUUAUUUGUGAUAGUGGUUCUUCAAACUGAGCUUACAUGAUUGGAUUACCGCGUAGCGAUAGAGAUAGAGAUCGAAUAACGGUGAAAAUUCGUAACAUGAAGCGGAGCUCGUCAAGGGACAGUAUGCCGAGGUCGAAAAGAACGCGUAGUAGCAUAGGCAGGUACGACGACAGCUCGGACGAGCGGGGGAGCCCCGAGCGCGUCCGCCGCCGCGCGCGCUCGCCCAGCCCGCGCGGCCGCUACGUCUCCCCGCACCGGGACGACUAUGUGCGCUCCAGGGAAGUGCGAGAAGAUUCCACCCGUCCUUACUAUAAAGUGUUGUGCGUAAGUGCCCUUCAUCCCAAAGCUUCGGAUGAAAUCGUCAAAGACACACUUUACAGAGAGUACAAGAAGUUUGGAGACUUUAGCAUUAAGAUUUCCCAUGAACUAGACGAGCGUGUGGCGUAUGUGUGCUUCCGCAGCGUCGAGGAUGCCAGGGACGCCAAGCACGCCAAGCCCCGGAUUAUACUGUAUGAUAAAGUCGCUCUUGUGGACCCAGUGUAUGAACCUGUCCGAUCUGAGUACAGUAGGAAUAGGCCUAGGAGCAUCACACCACCUGACUAUGACCGUCCUUAUUCCUAUGCUUGGUCUCCAGUGCCUGAGAGGCGCAGGCCUCCUGAAGACAGGGCUUAUGGCAUUCCUCCAUCAGUACCGCCCCACCACAGGGACUUCCGUCCUCCAUUGCAUGAGUACCCCAUGGCAGGGCCUCAUGGCCCACCGAUGCAUCACAGGCCACCGAUGCACCACCCUCCACACCCUCACUACAUGCCUCGCCCGUACAUGCCCCGCCCUCAUGGCCAUCCACCAUUUGAAAAGGCUGAGAAUAAAAAAGACAAGUUCCCAAAUUAUCUUCACCAUGUCCAACCUGAAGAUGAUCCAUUGGCAACAAGGACACUGUUUGCUGGUAAUUUGGAAAUUAACAUAUCAGAUGAAGAACUCCGUCGCAUCUUUGGCCGUUAUGGCAUAGUGGAGGACAUUGACAUCAAGCGACCACCACCGGGUACUGGUAAUGCUUUUGCUUUUGUAAGGUACCAGACUCUAGACAUGGCUCAUCGAGCCAAGGUAGAGCUCUCUGGGCAAUACAUUGGAAAAUUCCAAUGUAAAAUUGGUUAUGGCAAAGCUACACCUACUACUCGAGUAUGGGUUGGAGGCCUGGGGCCUUGGACUUCUGUGGCUCAAUUAGAAAGAGAGUUUGAUAGGUUUGGUGCUAUCAAAAAGAUUGAAUAUGCAAAAGGUGAACCCCAUGCCUACAUUCUGUAUGACUCUAUUGAUGCAGCUCAAGCAGCUGUCAAAGAAAUGCGUGGCUUUCCUCUAGGUGGCCCAGAGCGGCGACUCCGCAUAGACUUUGCUGAUGUUGGUAAUGGUGGUACUUUCAGACCAAAGACUUAUCCCCCUCCUGUGGGAGAGGAUGGACGUCCAGUUGAAGGUUACGAAGGGUAUGAGGCACCCGCAUAUGGGGAAGAGGGCUACAGUGGUUAUGGGCAGCCAGGGUACAGAGGCAGGGGCGGACACCGCGGUCGCGGGCGCGGCAUGUACCGUGGGGCAUACCACGGCGGCGCGGACUACCGCGACGACGAGUGGCGCCGGCCCGCGGGUGACGGCGACUACGAGGGCCGCGCGCGCCGCUCCGGCUCGCGGGAGCCCGGCGUGGACCGCUCGCGCUCGCGCUCCCCGCGCCGCCGCUCCCCGGACAGCGACUCCGACGGCUCCCCGCGCCGCGGCGGCGGCAUGCUGUCGUCUUCCAGGACUCUUCCUGAGGUCGUGCGCAAAGCCACCACUAUAUGGAAUGGUGCUCUCAUCCUCAAAAACUCUCUCUUCCCAACCAAAUUCCACCUCACAGAUGGUGAUUCCGAAAUCAUUGACAGCCUAAUGAAAGAUGAGGAUGGCAAAAAUCAGUUGAGAAUAACACAGAGGCUGAGACUUGAUCAACCAAAGUUGGAUGAUGUUCAGAAGCGUAUUGCUACAUCUAGUUCUCAUGCUAUAUUUUUGGGUGUUGCUGGAUCUACUGCAUCAAUCUCAAAUGAUGAUGCCAGUAUUCAGACUCGCCCUAUGAGGAACCUUGUGUCUUACUUGAAGCAAAAGGAAGCAGCUGGAGUGAUCUCUCUGCUAAACAAGGAGACAGAGGCAACUGGUGUACUGUACUCAUUCCCUCCAUGUGAUUUCUCAACAGAACUUCUAAAAAGGACUUGUCACAAUUUGACUGAGGAAAGCCUGAAGGAAGAUCAUUUGGUUAUUGUUGUGGUGCGUGGUGGUUCUGCCUAGUAUUUAGAGUUCAUUACAUAAAAACUUUAUAUUAUAGAUUAACAUUAUUACUAAAGAUAAAAUUAUUAGUUAAGUUCAAAAGAGAAUAUCUUUUUUCAAUAUUAUUUUGACUUAUAUUUUUUAAUUGAGACUUGUGCUGUGUAGUGAAGUUCUUGUGAGGUGUAAGUUACACAUAGUUUUGUGAGCAUUUCUAAAUAAUAAAUAACUCUUAUCUAAAUGUGGAAGUGAUGUGUGAAAGUUCCAAUUUAGUGUUCAGCAAUAAUUAUGAAUAUGACCUAAAUAAUAAAUUGUGUAUCAUUAACAAAUUUUUGCUACAUACAACUUACAUUUUGUUAUAAGUGUAUCAAGUAAUUAGUGUAUCCCAUUCAGUGUAUUUAUAGUGUAGUGUAAGUGCGUGAACAUUGAAAUAGAUUUAUUUCACUAAUAACUGUUUGUUUUUUUAUGAGUUACAUUAUCCUGUGAGUUAAGAAUUGUGCAAAUGAAUAGUGGCUUUUGUGAAGUUCAGUUUAGUGGAAAUCAUGAUGUGGUUCAUAGUUCUUACUGUUUACAUUUUGUGAAAAACAUUGGCAAGUUGUGUGGAUGUCUUGUGCUGAGACCAGUUGUUUGUGAUGUUCCUUAUAAGUGUAAGCAGUAAAGAAUCUCUUGAGUGUUGUGAAAUUGUUUCCGAAAUAGAAAUGUGCUAUGAGUGAGUCUAUUCAGCUGUAGGGGUUGGAUAUCUAUGUAUAACAUGUAGGAUUCUCUGUGUUUGUGAUAACAUGGUUUGGUAAGUUGUUUUAGUUCAGAAGUUCAAACUAGGCCUAUUUUGUGACUAAAAACAUUGCAGUUGUAUAACAUCAAUAACUACAUUAUAGAAACCAUGCAACUUGACCACAUGCAAUAUGACUUCUCUGGUCAAGUUAUGUGAUUUAUAAUGUUUUUAUUGCAGAAUGGGCCUAGUGCAUCAUUCAAAUCACUUGAAUUCCAGCUCCCAAUAUUUGACUUGCAUUGGCUCCUCUUUAAUUUGCAAACUCAACAUUUUUAUUGAUUAAUAUUUUUUACUACUAUGUAGUGCCUACCUACUAUCCAUACGAAGAUUAAACACACAGCUUAUCCCUUCAGCCUAUCUUUGUAUUCUGUAUCUAUGUGCAUCACAUUGUCUAGUCAUGUACAGUAAGCUGCAUUAGUAGAGCUAUAAACUUAUGUACUUUGUCAAUCUGAAACCGCCUAUGCAUUCAAUGAAACAUUGACGGUUCGUCAGUUUGACAAGGUACAGAAGUGUAUAGGUACUUGAUAGGUACUUAUGCAGCUGACCUACCUCCAUUCUUACAUCUCAUCCACCUAGCUUCUCAAGUAGGUAAGUACUUUUAAAAAAUACUUGCUUUUGACCUAUUUUCCUACCUCCUACUCCUUAAACAUUUUUUAAAACAAUUUGUAGGCUCUUGGGAUAGAUUCAUCAUCAGUUUUUAGUAAACCAUUUUUUUUUUUCAAAUCCUAUUAAUUUUAAUUGGAUUUCUUAGUGUAUUAAAUACCAACACUAAACUCCCUUUCAUUAUAGCUAUAAUAUGAAAAUAAAAAAUAUGUUUGGGAAUUUUUUGCGUUUUCAUGUUACCCUUUAGUCAGUCACUUUAUUCUCUUUAAAGACCAAUACAUUAUUUUAUAUAUUUAUGGCAAAAAAAAUAUUCAUUAUCUAGUGUUGCUGACUUGCUGCAUAACAAUAGUCAUUUAUUCAAGUAAUUUAUAGGUAGGGUGACCUCAUUAUCUUCUUUAUUAAACAAUAUUGCAAGAUCAUUUGGGUGGUAUCACAUUGUGAUAUGGAGUCGCAAAGUUUAUCAUUUCAGUGAAAGGUUUUUUCUCUUCAUUUCUUUUCUAGUAUUAAAAUCGUUAUGUAGGAAUAGACAAGUAAACUCCCCAUGUUCCAAAAAACUAAGUAACUACGGUUUUCUUGUAAAAAUAUCUUCCAAUUUAGUAAACAUCUCAUGGUUACCAAAGGCUACCUAUUUUAAUAGUCCUCAUGAAUCAUAUCAUAAUGAAAUUAACAAGUUAUCAUUGCUGAGUGAGGAAAUACCAAAAUAAUAACAAAAUGAGGCAUUGGACUCACAUUUAUGCUACAUAAAUCCACAUACAUGUUCAUGGUUUAAUACAAUACAAAGUACAUAAGUUUAUACUCGUAGUUUUAUUCAUAGCCACAUAUCAUAAGUUUUUAUCUACAUUAACGUAACUUCAUACAAAUUCAGACUUUUUAGCACGUUACCCACUGACCCCACUGUACAUGUAGGUGCCAAAGAUAGGUAGGUUUCAGUCACCAGGACCUGCCACCCUCGCUCGUCAAACACACUUCAGGAGGAAAACUCACUGUACCUGUAAGUCUCUGUAAGUACAUAAAAUUCACUUAAAUAUGCCGUGGGAACACCUGUAUGGGUACUACUGCCAAACCCUUAUAAUGACAUGACCCUAGACGACCUUAACUCGCUUGAAUGUUAAUUUAAAUUUACCACCAUGAAAUUCUAUUUCCUAGAUACGUUGGCGAUGGUUAAGUACUACUCUAAAAAGACCCAAAUCUUAGUAAUAUUUGUGGGGGGUGUGGUGGACCCACCAUCACCUGGUCCACUCGAAUGGAACCUUAGUGGUCUAAAGUCCCUUCUAAGGUCUGGCUGUCCACUGUGGGGUUUUCAAAUAUCCAGAUGUGCAGGUUUCCUCACAACGUUUUGCUUUACCGUACACUUAAUCUACGGACGCGACCUUAACUGCCACGAUAUUUUGAGGCGACGAUUUUUUAAGGAAUCUAUUAUACAAAGUACCUAAUAACUUUUUUUUAAAUAUUGGUCCACACUACAUAACAACGCGGCGCGCCGCUGCUAUUUCUAGAAUGCGAUUAAGAUUUUAUCUUCUAUGAGCCAUACAGAGCCCGCUGCUUUGUGCCUUAAUUAAAGCUAAUUGUUCUAUGUCCUAGGUACUGACGACCCGACCUGAAACGACCACUCAAGUCUACUACGUGUCUUCGAAGUGUUACUAAAAUCACUAUCUUACGUAUAGGUAAAUUAUGAGAAAAGAGGAAUAAAAUCCGUUGAAUACAUUUA